GUGUGUGUGUGUGUGUGUGUAUAGGUUAUAUAUACAUAAGGAAUAAUGUUUUCCUGGAGUUUCUCGAAAUCCGCUGAGGCGAUGUUCUCGCGGUGGGCUGUAAAGCGUGUUUGUAAAUUUCUGCUGAAGAAGAAAUUGGGGAAGUUUAUACUGGGAGAUAUUGAUCUUAAUCAGCUCGAUGUUCAGCUUGGUGCAGGCACAAUUCAGCUCUCUGAUCUUGCGCUUAAUGUUGAUUACAUAAACGAGAAGCUAGGAAAUGCAGCAGUUUUGGUGAAAGAGGGAUCUGUUGGAUCGUUAAUGGUAACUAUGCCCUGGAAGGAUGGUGGUUGUCGAAUUGAGGUGGAUGAACUUGAGCUCAUUCUUGCUCCUAGAAGAGGGAAAGUUUCUGUAGAUGAAUUUGAAGAUUGCCGUCAGAGUAAAAAUGAAAACAGUGUUUCCAGCCAUUUUUCCAGAAAGCUAGACAACGAGGCUCUCAACAGUGGGGUGGCAAGUGCUUCUGUUGAUGUUCAUGAAGGAGUAAAAACCGUUGCCAAAAUGGUGAAGUGGUUACUGACUAGCUUUCAUGUGAAGGUUAAGAAACUAAUAGUGGCAUUUGAUCCGCUUCUGGAAAAAGGAAGUAAAAAUGGGUUGGACAGAAUUUUGGUUCUUCGGAUUGGUGAAGUAGAAUGUGGAACACAUAUUUCUGAAGAUGCUUCUCCUGGCAAUUGCACUGCCCCUCAUAAUUUUCUCGGUUUAAGUCGAUUGACAAACUUUGUAAAAUUUCACGGAGCAGUACUUGAAUUAGUUAAUGUGGAUGGUCUUGAACAUCAAUUACCACCUGAAUUUUCCCCUGAAACAGCUACUGGCAACUGGUUUUCAGGAUACUGUUCAUCUGGUAAUAUGACUACCAUAAUUUCUGGAGAAAAGGGAGGCUUUUCGGGGAGUCUUAAGUUAAGUUUACCUUGGAAAAAUGGUUCACUAGACAUCCGCAAAGUGGAGGCAGAUCUUUAUAUUGAGCCUCUUGAACUAAGACUUCAACCUAGCACCAUCAGAUGCCUAAUCUUCAUGUGGGAUCUAUAUAAAGAUAUAGGCGAUGAGACCAAGGAACCCGGUGAUCAUGAACCAUCAGGUAGUUUGUCAGGUACAAGCUCUUUCAUGCGUAAUCCUGACAAGGGGAUAUUUGGUAAUGAAGGCUUUACUAAUAGCUACUUCAUGGAGAAAGAACCUGGACAUAUUUUGCUAUCAGAAUCGCAUCUUAUAUCUGAUUGGGUUAGUAAGAGCCAGAAAGAGAAAUAUGAAGAAGAACCAGAUUUUGGGGAGAGCGUGGACCAAUUUUUUGAGUGCUUUGAUGGACUAAGAAAUUCGCAGUCAGCUUUGGGGAAUAGUGGCAUGUGGAAUUGGACUUGCUCUGUGUUUAGUGCAAUAACUGCAGCAUCCAAUCUUGCCUCUGGAUCUUUACAUGUCCCUUCUGAACAGCAGCAGCAUGUUGAAACAAACUUUAAUGCAUCCAUAGCAAAAGUAUCUCUCCUUUUGUCCUUCAUGGACGAAGAAGACCAGAAACACCUUCCGAAAAUGAAGGAUGACAAGGGCAAUACUGAUUUCCCUAUUCAUAGUGUGUGUGCACAGUUUAUUGACUUGUACCUUACACUGCAGGUACGUCCUCAAGAAAUGAGUGUUGAAGUGAUUGUACAACAUAUUCAACUAGUUGAUCACUUACGUUCCAAAAAAGACUUGGUAGAUUACGAAGUGCACGGGUGUCGUGACAAUUCUGAAAGUGAGAUUGCCUUGAUUCAGAAAUUGCAAGAUGGUGUGCAAGGUGCUCUUCUGACUUUUCAAGAUUCCAACAAAGAAACUGGAAUUAACCACCGAGGUGAUUAUUCUAUUGAUAUAUCUCUGAGCACGCAGGAUAUCAAUGGAUGUUGUCACAUGACAAACGGAAAAGAUAUUUGUGGCAAAGAUGCCAGUGUAACUUUGCUCAGGACCUCAGGUGUCAGUCAGUGCCAUGUCAGGGUAAAGUCGGGUUCUUGUGUUGGCUCACUAAUGGCAUCAACAUCUUUUUCCUUAGAGCUACCCCCUUUUGUUUGCUGGAUAAACUUUGAUCUAAUUAUGAUGACACUUCGAUUUCUAGAAGAUUUGGAAAAUUGUAUUGAAACGGGGGCUGGUACUGUACCGCAUUCAGAAUCAAAAGAAUAUGACUUUUCAACUCGGAGCGAUCAAGGAAAAAUGUCAGAUACACCAUCCACCAAUGCGUCAACCAAAAGAAUCCUGGAGAGUAGCAUUUUCCUGCCAAAUGCUAGGAUAAUACUGUGUUUCCCUCAAAAGGAACAUAAAGAUCUUAGAAGCUACUCUUCUUGCGACCAGUUUAUCGCUUUAGAUUUUGUUUCCCAAACAAUUGGGGGAAAAGCGAUUCGAUCUGCUAAGCCGACACCUGUUGCUGGUUCCAAUAAGAGACACACUGUAUCAUGCUCCUUCAGUUUGAACUUCGGUGACUUUUAUCUCUUUUCCAUUAGCUCAGCCAUUACAGAGAUGACUGUAGGAAGUGAAACCGACAACAGGAAGGGGGCUAGCUUUUCUGUUGAGAAGAUUAUAUCUGCUGUGAAUAAAAGUGGUCAUCUGUCUCUUGUUUCUAUGUAUUGGCAGGAAGGUCAGGCUGCUGGCCCUUCGAUUGCAAGGAAAGCCAAGCUUUUGGCGUCUUCAGAGAAUGGAAGGAGUGAAGAUAAUGUUGUUAGAAAAGGUUGUGAGUUUGCCUCAGUAACAACUAUUAAAGACAGCAAAGACUUCAAGAGUCGUACUCGACAAGAGAUAUUAUCAAGCUCUGCAUUUUUCUUGCAUGUGCAAUUACCACCUGUCAGAAUAAAUCUGCACAAAAUGCAGUAUGAGAACCUAUGUGGCCUCCUAAAGCAGACGUUUGAGCAUUUCUCAUGCGUCAUUUCUAAACCAGUCAGAACCAGGGAAGAACAGUCCACAUUGCAAAAAUCAUUUCUAGUAGAAUGCGAUUCUGUAACAGUGUCAAUUGCUAUUGAGCCAUUAGGGGAUGUUAAAUGCUCUAUACACUCGGAACUUCCUGGAUCUUGGUCUAGACUAACUCUACAAAUCGAGAAGUUUGAGUUACUUUCCGUAUCUGAUAUUGGUGGAAUAAAGAGCGCCAGUUUCCUGUGGUUGGCCCAUCGUCAGGGGAGUUUAUGGGGUUCAAAUACUAAAGAUCUGCAUCGGAAGUUUGUGCUGAUAUCAUGCAGUGACUCCACAAUUGGUCGUGGUGAUGGAGAAGGUUCAAACGUCUUAUCUUCUAGGCAUUCGGGUUCUGACAUCAUAAACUUCUUGGAUCCAGAGAGCAAUUGUAGUUUUACUUCAAUUACUGUCAGAUGUGCCACUAUUGUUGCAAUUGGGGGUUGCCUGGAUUGGUUCACAACAAUAUUUUCCUUUUUCAGUCUACCAUCUUCUGAAGUCGAGCAAUCAGGUGAUAAUAGUCCAGGCAACAAGAGUGGAUCUUCUUUCAUUCUUAAUUUGGUGGAUGUAGGCUUAAGUUAUGAGCCAUACAUUGAAAAAUCAAUGGCGAAUCAAGGUCUAGAUCUCAAAUCUUCUCAUUUGAAUGGCAAUGAAUCUAAUGAUGAGUCCUAUGUUGCUUGUCUGUUGGCUGCUUCUUCCUUGAAAAUUUCAAGUAAAACUGUGGUUGACUGCACUGAAGAGGAAUACAAAAUUAGGCUUCAUGAUCUAGGUUUGCUUAUAUGUCCGAUGUCGGAAUCUCAAUUAGCCGACCAUUCUUACGGUGCAGAACAUCUAAGUAAGAUUGGUUAUGUGAAAGUUGCACAAGAGGCACUUAUGGAAGCAGUUUUUAGGACUAACUGUGAGAAUGGACAUUCGUGGGAAUUAGAAUGUACAGAGUCACACAUCAUGUUAAAUACGUGCCAUGACACAACAUUAGGAUUUAUUAAAUUGGCUGCUCAACUCCAAAAGCAGUUUGCACCUGAUAUGCAAGAUUAUGUUGUGCACUUAGAGAAUAGGUGGAAUAAUGUGCAGCAGGUGCACGAGAUCUGUGACGAGAGGACAGUGUGUGGCGAGCUUCCCUCUUCGGUUUCUCGGACAAAGUCUUCUGGUCUAGAUAAGAAAUCUAAGGUAGGCAAUUGGAUGGAUGAAAUACGUGAAGAUGUCUUUCAGUUGGAUGGGAAGUCUGAUGGUCAAGGUAAAAUCUUUGAGUCUCAUCUUUGUGCAUCGGUCAGUGGUAGUUCUCUUGCAGCUAGUGGGGCUUCAUCAUCAGAAGAGAGCAUCCCCGAUAUUAUAGAAGAAUAUUUCUUGUCAGAUCUACGCCCUCUCUCAGAACUUUCUGUGGGAAGCCAGUCAUCUGAUACUCCUCGUUGCAAGACUGGCGUUGUCGGUGAGACUCGGAAAGGGAAUGGUGGAUGGUAUGCAGAUACGCCAUUAAAAAUAUUAGAGAAUCAUGCUUCAAAAGUGGAGCAGGCUAUUGUGCUAACACCUGUUGAGUUAGAAGCUUCUACAAGUGAUUCUGGACAUGUUGAUUGUGGGAAGGCUGAAGGUCGCAUACUUCUUAAGAAUAUGAGUGUCAUUUGGAGAAUGUAUGGCGGUUCUGACUGGUCGAACUCUCAGAAUACUUCUCAGGCUUCUGUAACGGCUUCUGCAAGGGAUGCGACUGAUUGUUUCGAGCUUGCAUUAUCUGGAAUAGAGUUUGACUACGAUGUUUACCCUGAUGGCGAAAUAUCUGCAUCUAGUCUUUCUCUCACCAUUCAGGAUUUCUGCCUCAAUGAUAGAAGUGAUCAUGCGCCAUGGAAGCUGGUUCUUGGGUAUUACGAAUCGAGAAAGCAUCCAAGAAAGUCCUCUUCGAAAGCAGUGAAGCUAAAUUUAGAAGCUUUUAGACCAGACCCUUCAAUUCGUAUAGAAGAAAAUCGGUUACGUAUCGCUUUACUUCCUAUCCGUUUGCAUCUUCACCAGAGACAACUUGACUUUCUCAUCAGCUUCUUUGGAGGAAAAAAUCCAUCAGCUGAUUCCUCCCCCAGUACUGAUGUGGGUUUAAGUAAAUCCGGAGAGCCAUUUCAGAAGAGUGACAAUCAACAUGGUCUUGGCAUCAGCGAGGAGGCAUUUCUUCCUUACUUUCAGAAAUUUGAUAUAUGGCCGAUGCUGAUUCGAGUUGAUUACAGUCCUUGUCGUGUUGACUUGACUGCUCUAAGGGGUGGCAAAUAUGUUGAACUUGUUAACCUUGUUCCUUGGAAGGGUGUGGAGUUGCAACUGAAACAUGUGCAAGGAGUUGGUCUCUAUGGUUGGAGCAGUGUUUGUGAAACAAUAUUAGGGGAGUGGUUGGAAGACAUUUCUCAAAAUCAGAUUCAUAAGCUGUUGAGAGGCCUUCCUCCAAUUAAAUCACUGGUUGCUGUUGGUUCUGGAGCUGCAAAGCUGGUGUCUCUGCCUAUGAAAAGCUAUAGAGAAGAUCAUAGAUUACUCAAAGGAAUGCAAAGAGGCACUUUUACAUUUCUUAGAAGCAUUUCGCUUGAAGCCAUUGGGCUUGGAGUACAUUUGGCUGCUGGAGCUCAUAACAUCCUCCUUCAAGCAGAAUAUAUCCUCGCCAGUAUUCCACCUUCUGUACCGUGGCCAGUAGAGAGCAGUAUGGCUACCAAUUUGAGAUCAAAUCAACCCAAUGAUGCUCAACAGGGAUUUCAACAGGCUUACCAGAGCAUUAGUGAUGGCCUGGGAAAAUCAGCUUCUGCUUUGGUACAAACCCCUUUCAAAAAAUUCCAACGUGGUGCUGGCGUGGGGUCCACUAUGGCAACUGUUUUCCGGUCUACUCCAGCAGCAGCUAUAGCACCUGCUACUGCUGCUGCAGGUGCAAUGCAUUGUGCUCUUCUUGGGGUCAGAAACAGUCUUGACCCUGAGCAUAAGAGAGAGUCCAUGGAAAAAUACUCAGGCAGAACUCCACCUCGGGAAUCGAGGCAGUAGUUAUUGAAAAUGGCAAAAAUAAGAUCACAGUCGUAUCAAAGACGAAAACUCCACAGCUACAAAGGAAAGCAGAUUUUUAGGUGUACAGAUGUAUAUAUGAUGUACAGAUAGGAGUCCACUAAAGGCAUUUUUUUUUUGUUGUCAGAAAUCAGAUUCUGUAGAUAUGUAAAUGUAUGAUUAAUCUGAUGUGUGUUUGAAAGAAAUCAAUCCCAGCUGCCUUGUAAUUAAACCCUGAUUGAAAUGUAAUUAUGAUUGUGGUACAUUUGGUUUUGCUCUGAUUCAAUAUUUAAUGCUGAA